CACACUCUUUCUAUGUCAUUUCCUCUCCCUUCUCAUCAAAGCUCCUUCCUUGCAAAGUUUAAUACUCAUCCAACUUUUUCACUGUUGCUUCCUUGCUAAGUUGAACAUCCUAUGUACCUUUUCUCUUUUUAUCCCUCAUUAAAUGAACUCAUCACAAUCAUAAACAACUUCUAUGGAACCUGUCUACAUGGACACAGAUGAUACCCAGAAACUUGCUGCUGAACCUCUACCAUUUGCUAGGAGCUAUCAACUAGAGGCACUGGAGAAGGCAUUAAAGCAGAACACAGUACUGCUCUUGGAGACUGGUUCUGGCAAGACUCUGGUUGCUAUCAUGCUUCUGCGCAGUUAUGCCCAUCUUCUUCGCAAACCUUCACCUUUCAUUGCUGUCUUCUUGGUUCCUCAAGUUGUUCUGGUCCAUCAACAAGCUGAAGCUGUGGAAUCGCACACUGACUUGAUUGUGGGUAAGUAUUGCGGAGAAAUGGGAGUUGACUUCAGGGAUGCUGCUUCUUGGAAGCAACGUUUACAAAAACAUGAGGUGCUUGUGAUGACACCACAAAUUUUGCUUGAUGGCUUGAGGCAUUCCUUUAUCAAACUAGACUUGAUAAAGGUUUUGAUAUUUGAUGAAUGCCAUCACGCAAGUGGAAAACACCCUUAUGCUUGUAUUUUGACAGAAUUCUAUCACCGUCAGUUAAGCUUUGGCAAUUGUAAUCUUCCAAGGAUAUUUGGAAUGACAGCUUCUCCGAUUAAAUCGAAGGGUGCAAAAUCAGAACCAACGUAUUGGCCAAAGAUUACAGAGCUUGAGAAUAUGAUGCACUCAAAGGUGUAUACCUGUGUUAGUGAAUCUGUGCUCGCCAAGUUUAUACCAUUUUCAACUCCAAAGUUUAAAUUUUAUGAGCACACGGGCGUCCCAAAUGCUGUACAUGUGAGUUUAGCUGAAAAAUUGAAGAUUUUGAAAGCAAAGUAUGAGUGCCACUUGAAGCAAUCGGAUCUCAUUGAUUCGGCGGUGGAAUCUACAAGCAAGAAAAUAUCAAAAAUGCAUUCUACGUUGAUGUAUUGUUUGGAUGAACUUGGUGUUUGGCCGGCUUUUAAGGCUGCAGAGGUCUUAUCGUGCCCUAAAAGCAACUUUCUUUCACGGGGUAAAUCGGAUGCAUUUGGCGAGAAUAUUGUUAAAGAGUUCAAUUUGGAAGCCUCACAGACAUUUGAUAAUUGCAUUAGAACUGGUCCAAAAUGGUCUAUUGGUGUUAAUGCUAAGGAUGAUGUAGAUGCAGGGCUUUUAACUACAAAAAUCUUUUGCCUCGUUGAUUCACUUCUUGAAUACAGAGAUUUAAACGACAUACGAUGUAUAGUGUUUGUGGAAAGGGUCAUCACAGCCAUUGUACUUCAAUCUCUUCUGAGUGAGCUGCUUCCAAGAUAUAAUGGCUGGAAGAGUAAAUAUAUUGCAGGAAAUGGCUCAGGGUUGCAAACCCAGACACAGAAAGUACAUAAAGAAACUGUGGAAGAAUUUCGUAAAGGCAAGGUGAAUAUAAUUGUUGCGACAUCAAUUCUGGAGGAAGGUUUAGAUGUUCAAAGCUGCAACUUGGUAGUUAGAUUUGAUCCUUCAGCUACCAUUAGCAGUUUCAUACAGUCACGAGGUCGUGCUAGGAUGCAUAAUUCAGACUAUUUGUUAAUGGUGAAGAGAGGGGAUCUUUCUACAUGUUCUCGUCUAGAGAACUAUCUUUCUAGUGGAGAUAUAAUGAGAAAGGAGUCCUUACGCCAUGCUUUUGUUCCUUGUUCACCUCCUAAGAGUGAAUUAUACGAUGAUGAUUUUUAUUGUGUUGAAAGCACUGAAGCAAUUGUGACUCUGGCCUCUAGUGUCAGUUUGAUAAACAUCUAUUGCUUUUGUCUCCCUUCUGAUCGGUAUUUUAAACCUGCACCAAGGUGUGUUAUAGAUGAGGAGAGGGAGAUUUGCACAUUGCUUCUACCAAAGAGCUGUCCCAUAGAGACUAUCUGUGUACAAGGAAACAUUAAAACUUUGAAGCAGAAGGCUUGCCUUGAAGCAUGCAAGCAACUUCACAAGAUUGGUGCAUUAACUGAUAAUCUUGUUCCUGAUUGUGUGGAGGAAGAAGCUGUUGUUAAAGAAGUUGGGAAUGUUCCUUAUGAUGAUGAACAACCUAUGUACUACCCACCUGAGCUAGUCAGCCAAGGUUCAAAGGAGUCAAAAGGAACGUACUACUUCUACUUAAUUGAAUUAAACCAGAAUUUUGAUUCUGACAUUCCUGUACAUAAUAUUAUACUUCUCAUGCGGAGUGAGCUGGAAUCAAAUAUCUUAAGUCUGGAUUUUGACUUUGAACUUGAUAGAGGACGAUUAACUGUGAAAUUAAAGUAUAUUGGAGAAAUUGAUCUUACUCCAGAGAUGGUCCUUAUAUGUAGGAAGUUUUUGAUUGCUCUUUUCAAAGUUCUUGUGGAUCGUAAUUUAAAUGAAUUAGAGGAGAUUUUAAAUGGAUUGCAGCUGAGUAAUGAUCCCGAGAUUGAUUAUUUACUUCUUCCAUCCAUGGGCUCAUGUCAGAAACCUUCCAUUGACUGGAAUUCCAUUAUCUCUAUACUGUUCUCACAUGAAAAUGCAUGGAAGUAUCAUGUGAAUUCUCCUCUGAAGGACUGUACACGUACUAUGUGGACAAAAAAUGGUCAGGUAUGCAAAUGCAUGCUACAGAAUUCUUUGGUCUACACACCACAUAAUGGAGAAGUCUAUUGCAUUGAAGGCAUAUCUGAUCAUUUGGAUGGAAGGUCACUUUUGAAGUUGAAGAAUGGAGAUUACACAAGUUAUAAGGAGUAUUACAAAGAUAAGUAUGACAUCGAACUGCUAUUUGAUCAAGAAUUACUUCUUAGAGGACGGCAUAUUUUUCCCUUGCAUUAUUACCUUCUUAGAUGCAGACAACACAAGGGAAAAGAUUCACAAAAUGCAUAUGUUGAGUUGCCCCCUGAACUUUGUUGCAUUAAAAUGUCACCUAUAUCCAUAAGUACUUUCUAUUCUUUUACAUUUGUUCCAUCAAUCAUGCAUCGAAUUGAGUCUUUGCUCAUUGCUGUCAACUUGAAGAAGAUGCAUUUGGAUCACUGCACACAAAAUGUCGUUAUUCCAACCAUCAAGGUUUUGGAAGCAAUUACCACAAAAAAGUGCCAAGAGAAAUUUCAUUUGGAAUCACUAGAGACUCUUGGGGAUUCUUUUCUUAAAUAUGCUGCUAGUCAGCUGCUAUUCAAAACAUACCAAAAACAUCAUGAGGGCUUCCUCAGCAUUAAGAAGGACAAACUUAUUAGUAAUGACACACUUUGCAAAUUAGGAUGUGACUGCAAACUGCCGGGAUUCAUCCGCAAUGAGUCUUUUGAUCCAAAAAACUGGAUGGUUCCUGGUGAUGCUUCUGGAAAUUAUUCAUUACGGGAGGAUUUUAUCUCCAAUGCAAGGAGUCUAUACAUAACAAGAAGAAGAAAAUUAAAGAAAAAGAAAGUUGCUGAUGUUGUUGAGGCACUUGUUGGUGCUUACCUCAGUGCAGGUGGUGAAAUUGCUGCCUUAUUAUUUCUGAAUUGGAUUGGUAUAAAGGUAGAUUUUUUUAAUACACCGUAUGAGCCACAAUUCCAAGUGAAACCAGAGGACCACAUUGAGAUCCGCCACUUAGAGUCUCUAUUGAACUACUCUUUUAGGGAUCCUUCUCUGUUAUUGGAAGCACUUACUCAUGGUUCUUACAUGCUUCCUGAGAUUCCAAGAUGUUAUCAGCGGCUGGAAUUUCUUGGAGAUGCAGUGUUAGAUUACCUUAUCACAGAGUAUUUGUAUGGCAAGUAUCCUGAGAUAUCGCCAGGACUAUUAACUGAAAUGAGAUCUGCUUCAGUGAACAAUGACUGCUAUGCAAGAUCUGCAGUUAGGGAAGGACUGCAUAAGCAUAUUCUCUACACAUCUCAAAAGCUUGACAAGGAUAUUGGCUUUGCAGUCAAAUGUUGUGAGAAUUAUUCUUCAGAAUCAACUUUUGGAUGGGAAUCUGAGAUAUCUUUUCCCAAGGUUCUUGGAGAUGUGAUGGAGUCUUUGGCAGGAGCUAUUUUUGUUGAUUCUGGAUACAACAAAGAUGUGGUCUUUAGGAGCAUAAGGCCACUUUUGGAGCCUUUGGUUACUUUGGAGACACUUAGAUUAAAUCCUACGAAAGAGCUUAACGAAUUAUGUCAAAUAAAACAUUUUAAAAAGAAAAACCCCUUUGUUCCUCUCAACAAUGGCAUGUCUUCUGUCACUGUUGAGGUUAAAGCUAAUGGGGUAAAAUUUAAACACACAUCUACAGCUGCAAACAAGAAGACAGCUGAAAAAUUAGCUUCUAAAGAGGUUUUGAGGGUCUUGAAGGAAAAAUUUAACAUCUAGAGAAAAUCAGAUUGGUGUGCAAUUAAAAGCUAGUAUCAACUUUCUGAUGUUAGCAGAGUCGCUUAUCAGCUUAAGCAGCAGCCAUUGGUGUUGCUGUCAAGACUGGGGCUAUAAGAGUUAAAAUUCUGCCAUAAUGUACUGUAUUAGAUGCUGCAUCUUGGUUCCUUAAAAAAUUCAAAAUGUAAUGUGACCUUUUCUUUUUCUUAUUUACCAUUAAUGGUAUUAAUGUUAAUAUGAAUCCAUUUAUCC